GUCUGCUGGAUCGGCCUUCGGGAUCGGGAAGUCCAGCUUCCAGAAUCUUCUCGAGAUGUUCUCUUUCAAAUCGGUGCAGCUUCCAUCACCGGAUCCUCCGUUCCGUUCUGGUCCUUGAUUUCGUGGGAAGAUCGAUGGCUAUGUCUCUUAGGAGGGGCCUGUGCUGUGGAGCCAGUUCUUCUCCAGGCAGUACCCUGAUGUCUUUUGCAGUUUUGUGGGACCAUCUUCUUACGAGCGCAUGA